AAAAAAGUCACUCACAGUGGUCAGGAGAGCUGAAUUUUAAUCCUCUGGCCAAAACACUGUGUAACCUUGGACCAGUGCUCUGCCCUCGGUAUCUCUGCCUGUCUGCACUAUGGAGUUAAAAAUUACAGUGCUUGUACGGACGCUGCAAGAACGAGAUGUGCGUUCCAAAUGGGAGUAUGAUGAAAGCCAUGUGAUUACAGCCCGUCUCGUGAAGAAGAGGGCAGGUGAAUAUCUUAUUCCGGAGUCUGUGGAUCUGGAGUGUGUGGAAUACUGUGUGGUGUAUGAUAACAACACCAGCUCCCUGAAGGGAAUCCCAAAAGGUGACAAUGAUGAUGACAACACUGAUGAAGGCGAUCAAGGAAUUGUGCUUGGAGCUGCCGUUGAGUGUGGCAGAACCCUGACUCACCUCACCCGCCACCCCAUCCAUAUCCUGAGAGGAGGCUACGAGAGCUUCUCGGCCAUGUACCACUUCUUCCGGACACAGAAGACCAUCUGGAUGCCGCAGGAACUGGAUGCCUUCCAACCGUACCCUGUUGAGAUAAUGCCAGGCAGGAUCUACCUGGGAAAUUUCAGGCAAGCCUGCGACCCUAAAAUUCAGAAGGAUUUGAAAAUCAAAGCACAUGUCAACGUCUCCAUGGAGACAGGGCCGUUUUUUGUAGGUGACGCCGACAAGCUUCUGCACAUCCAGAUAGAAGAUUCCCUGGAAGCCAACAUUACACCCUUUUUACGCCACCUCUGUCACUUCAUUGAAGUUCACCUGGAGCUUGGCUCUGUCAUCCUGGUCUUUUCCACCAUGGGCAUCAGUCGCAGCUGUGCGGCCAUCUUGGCCUACCUUAUGCACCGAAAUGAGCAGACCCUGAAGAGGUCCUGGGCCUACGUCAAGAAGUGUAAAACCAACAUGCGUCCAAAUCGGGCUUUGGUGGCUCAGCUGUCAGAGUGGGAGAAGGUUGUCCUUGGAGACAUCGUCACAGACAUCUUGGAUCCACUCUACUGAUUUUCUCUGUGGCUCAGCUAUGGGUCCAGAAGAACCUGCCUUGGGAGCUUUUUGUGGGUAGUGGGCCAGGGUGUGUAACCAGGAAUGAGAAGGCCUUUGCUGCCUGGAGCCUUGUGUCGGCCUCCCGCAGUGGUUCUUCCCAGGUUCCUCAUUUGUGCCAGCACAGGAGGUGCUCAGACUCAGCGAGAACCCCCAUCCCUGGGGAAUCCUGGACCCACCCCCACUGCACUCCUGAGGCUGCUUCUGGAGGAGCAUCUGGCUGCCAGAGCAGCUGCCGCUCAUGUCCCCCGUAACGUGGACCCUUUGGAGGCUGCCUGGUGGGAGCGCCAAGGGUUCCCCCAGCCUUGUGUUGCUCCACAGGGGAUGUCACAAUGCCCAUCCAUGGGUGGAGAUCCCCCAGCCCCA